AUGGGAGUGACACAUACAACACUCAUGUAUGCAACACAAAGCAGUAAAAAUAUUAAUUUAGACAGGUCAAAUUUAAUAUAUCCAAAAACAGGUUCUGUGUUGUUUAAACAAAUACAAAAUAUUCUUUCUUUUGAUGGCGACACUAAAAGCUUGGAUAUUAAAUACAAUACAGUUGAAAAGUCAUCAUUUAAAAGACAACUGCGGCAAAAACAAAAUCCAAACAUAAAAAGUUUUUAUGAACCGACUUUAUAUUUUGAUUAUCAGUCAGAACGUAAACAAUUUGAUAAUUGUAAAUUUGUUGUAUCUAAGUCACAAAAAGAGUUGUAUCAAAUAAAACAGUGUUUGUCCAUAAAAACACUAUUUGAUAGUGAGCUGUCUUUUUUAGACUCAAGAGAAAUAAGGUCAGCAGUGUGUUACAAAGAGAAUUUGAUCUUUUUGAUUAUAACAGAUACUUGCACAUUUGGAGUGUUUCAAGACACUUUAAUACCAAACGGAAAUAGCAACGAAACUGUUGUUGUUGCAUCACAAAAAUCCUUUAUAUUUUCAAAAUCAAAUAAUCAAGAACGAUACACCGUUUUUGAAAGAAUCCAAAAUGAUUGUGACAACAAUAUUACUGUAUUCGGACAAGACAACAAAAAUAUAUUUGCUUGUUGUUCAGCUUUUUGGCUUGACAGAAUUUGCAAUGUGACUAUACAUCCAUACAUCCAGAAGUUUUUCAAGUUCAAAAAACAUUACAUUAAUCCUCUUGUUUCUGGGGAACAACUUAGCAAGAAAAUUAAUAUAUUAUUUAAUAUUUUUUACUUAAGACUUAUAAUUGUUAAGUGCUUUUGUUCAACAAGAACAUAUUAA